GAUCAUUUUGUUGUGUUGUUCGUUUCGUAAAAUAACUUUCAAUUUUUAUUUCAAUAAUGGAUAAAAAACCAUUGAACUUCUAUCAGAUCGCCAGCGAGGCGCCAGCUCGCGAAUUAAAGCUAGAGGGCGAAAAAUCCGUGGCCGAGGCAAUCAACUUCACAAAAAUGCCAAGUGAUAUGCCGCCAUCUCGUGGGCCCAAGGAAACGGGCAUCACAGUGGCAGAUGAGCUGAACGCCCGCCUAGCCAUGGUCCAGUUGCGACCGGAUCGCGCCAAGCGCAUUAAACGAUUGGUCAAAUCGGAAAUACCGGAGCCACAACAUAUGUAUAAAUUCUUUUGCGUUUGCCCGCGCUAUCAUCCCUGCUAUGUGCCCUGCCAGCACACCGGCCAAAUCAUCAUCGACCGUGAUAUGCUAAAGCGGGAGGAGCACACAUGCUUUUUAGCUACACCCAAAAAGAAUUUCCUGUCGCCGCAGCGACUCAGGCAGCCGCGCUACAUCACCAAGAAAAUCUAUGUGCCCAUCUGUACAGCUCGCAUGGAACGUUUGGCGAAUCCGCAUCCGCUGCGCGUCAAGGACACGUUUAAAAGUUUCAAGCACAUUCUCUCGCAACGGCAUAUUGCAGCCCUGCAACAACAAUUAAAACCGAAGCCACCAGUCGAAGCGAUGACCAUGGAAAAGGCAAUGGAGUAUUUGGAGGAGGAAAUGCGACAGCGUCGCGCUCAAAGGCAGAAGCAUAAAAAACGCUGCAGCGGGCUCAAAAAGCUCAUUAUUGAGCGUCAACGCAAGCAGAUGAUGAAAAUUGUUUGCGUCCUCUUUGAGGAGAUGAAGGAUUUCCUCCUGAACGACCAGUUCAUAAUUGACGAGCAGUCGCCUCUAUCUGCUGUUAUAUUGGAGCGGAUCAAGGAGUUCACUGAACAAGAAUUCUAUACCACAAGCAACUUGCGCGACUAUCAACGCAUAUUGGCAAAUAAUCUGACCGUUUGGAUAAACAAGUUCAUAUCGAACUUGAAUAUAUACAUGGCACCACAACAAGUACCCCUGGCACGUUCGAUGCACGCGGAUAAUGAUGAAACGUUCGUGCCUGUUACCGAUUACAUUUCAUUGUCGGAAGAAGUGGGCGAAGAAAUGGUGGAUGAUUAUGAUUUUGGCAUGUCAGAAUUUGAAACCUAUGGCGAGGAUUAUUUGCGAGAAGCCCUGGCUGAAAAUCUGCCCUCGGAGGAGACGCUUAUCAAUUAAAUAAUGCAUAUAAGUUAAUCACUUACCCUUCAG